UCCUUGCGCCGUUAGGCAAGCAGGGCAGCGAGCCAGGCCCAGGCCUGCCCGCUCCCCGCCGCAUGCGCCUGGCUGCGCUGGUGGUGCACGCGACGCCAGUGCCCUGCGCGGGCACCAAAUCCUGUUCCCCCUCAGGCCCCCUCGUGCCAGUCGCUCACACCGCCUGGGCUGCCUUGCCCGCUCACGCCAUCCACCCCAGCCCGCUGCCCCUCGCACGCGCCGACCCCCGCCGCAGCCAUGCUGCACGCUCAUCACCGCGGGCCCUGGCAGCCGCUCGCGCCAGCACUCGGGCAUGCGGGGCCCAGCAGGCCUCAUGUCCCAGCACUCCUUAGGCGGGCGGCUUAGCAUGCCCACACGGCGAGGGGAUGAUGGAGGCAGGAGCCAGGGGAGCGUACCACAUCCUCGCCCUGAGCCGCUGACGCCAGCUCAGCUCGCAGCCGUGUUCCCAGCCGGAUUAGGGGCGAGGUGGGGGGGGGUGUCAGGCCUGUGCCCGCUGUGGGCGAGCUGAGCCGGGCAGGACGUGACAGGGCGCCUUGCCCUUGACACGAGCGCGUGGCACCUUGUAGCGGGGAGGGGGCGGACGAGGCCUCGGGGAUGGAUGCCAACACACCACACUCCCAUUUCCCACCUCGCCUGGCCUUGACAUCCGCAGCCGGCAGCAGCCUGCUGGGACCAGGGGCAGGCGGGCUGGCGCCAGGCCUAAAGGAAAUUCCAGAGGAGACCUCCGUCCGGCCGGGCGAGGCCGGAGGGGGAACCGUGCUCCGAGGGGGCGCUUUCGCUUUCCCUUCUCCAGCACGGGCGCGGCCGCCCCACCGUGGGGGCCCUGGGCAGCUGGCGAGACCCCCCUGCUGGCCACCAGCCACCCCACAGCAUCCAUGGGCCUCUCCGUCAUGCGACUGCUGCCCAUCCUCCUUGGGGCACUUGCGGGGCUCAUAUCAGGACCUGAUCCUGUACUGGACCCGACUCGACAGCGCUGGGGGCAAAAGCUCAGUCUACAUCCACUACCAGGGCAAGGUGGACACCCGGUUCACGGACCCCACCUACGUCACCCGCUCCAGCUUGGUGGGGGACCCGGACAAGGGAGACGCCAGCCUGCGCCUGGGCCCGCUGAGCCCGGCUGACCGCGGCACCUACCAGUGCCGGGUGAAGCACGCGCACGGGACCGGCAUGGCCGAGACCCAGCUCCACGUCCUCAACUCAUCCAGGCUGGACACCCCCUGGACUCUCCAGGUGGACCCCUCCGGCCUCGCGGACGUGACCGCCCCACCUCGCACUAGGCCAUGGCUGGAUGCUAACGCUAACUCGACCUGGGUCUGGGCGGCCGGCCUGGGCGGUGGGGCAGUGGUGGUCCUGGGAGCGCUCUGGGGCUGGCAUCGGAGGAGGAUGCAUGGUGGCAUCUCGGUCCCUGCUCCCCCAGACCUGCUGCCCCCCACCCACGCACCUGCUCCCCUGAUGCCGCCCACCGCUCCCAGCAUCCCUGGUGCUCUUGGAUGCCAGGUUUCUCCCAUCCCGCAGGCGAGCCCCCCAUUAAACUGGGCCUGAAGCCAGGCUGCGGUGAGUCAUGCUGGG